AUGACUCUCCUUGGUCAGCACGAGUACGUCGAGUAUUCUCCCUUGUUCAUUGCUAUGGAUCCUCGCGUCAAUCCAAAUGCCUACGGUACCUACGUUUACCAAUCUAGUGAUCCUAGAACUGUUGAUGCAUCGACAUCAUGGGGAAUGUACUCUCCAACGUAUGCACAUUCGACUAUCGCAGUCGCUCAAGGAAAAGAGCAUUUACAAUCGGCAACUUCCGCCCUCAUGUCUCUGCAGUCCGAACCAUCUCAUACGCCCGAUCAAUAUGGUCCGAUACGACCACUCGAACGCCAUAGAUCGAGUCAACCUCAAAGCGAGCGCCAAAAUCAGGACGAUUGGCGGCUGGAUCACAACCAGGCCACACCUAGUUCGCUGUUGGGAUUCGAUUCUCAGUUACGGUCUAAUCCACCGUUUGGCGGGCAAGGCAAUUAUUUACAGGGAGCACACCGUUGGGCAUCUAAUGAAUCAUCUCCUUCGACACCUACCCCGGGACCAGCGACCGAUGGCCCUUCUUAUUUAUCGGGAACAAAUCCAACAACAAAUUAUUCCUCAUUAGUAACACAUGCACCCCAACCCCUCCAUGCGCAGUCCGCUUCUACUGGCUCUCAGUUUAUGGCACUUCGUUCUGACCAGUUCCCUCCCGCACUUUCGCCACCCACCAUUCUGCCUCCACAUCAUAAUAACGGAGGAACAGCCUCUGCUUCAUCCCAGCCCCCGAAUCUCCGAAGACGUUCUUCAACCUCCAAUUCUGUCUCGAGCUCGAACAAUCCACCUGGCUCAUCAUUGGGCCUUCAUGUGGCGGAAUCCAUCAAGGGAUACAAUAAUCCCGAGUCUUCAAAUGCUAAACUUGCCAGGAACAGAGGCACUCUGAAUUUGACCAGUGACUCGGGAUCCAGUUCAAUCGUCAGAGAAAAACCAAAAUUGUUGACUAAGGAUCAAAAAAAGCGUAAUCAUAUUCACUCGGAACAAAAGCGGCGAGCUACGAUUCGCCACGGAUAUGCUCUACUCUGCGAAGAGGUGCCUAGCUUACGCAUGGCAAUAGCAGCGGCCGAAGCGGACGAUGUUGAACAUGCGGCUGACGGAGAAGGGCGGCGCCGACGCAGGUCCCGUGCUCGAUCGUCAGCUACUGAUGGGGAAAGGAUAGACGGUCGGGCUGGGCCCCGGAGCGAGAGCGUGGUUCUCAUCAAGACAAUCGAUCAUCUCAAGGACCUACUCGCGACUAGACAGGAAUUAAUAUCUCGCGUGCAGGAGUUGCGGGCGGGAGAUCCCGGAGGAGACUCACCCUGGGAGCGAACUUGGGGGGGAGGGACAGGUCUCGCUCCUGAAGGUGUGGAUGACGACGGGGAAGAAGACGGGGAGGGAGAGAGCGACGAAGCUGAUAAUUGA